AUCUACAAAUCGAGUUGCCUACUUGCCUUAUCUCUUGGCCUCCGUUGCCUUUAUAAUUUUCAAAUAUUUCUUUUUCUAUCAACAAACAAAGUCUUGUCACCCACCCAAGUAAGUAACGCAGCCCUCUGCCUGUUCCGGCUAAGCUACACUUCUUGACUUCGCCUUUCUCUUCACCAUCAUGUAAGAUUGUUCCUUUCUGUUAUUUUUUCCCCUUUCUGAUUUGGUAUUUUUCUUGCCCUCUUGUCUUAACAUGUCUAAGUCUUGGUGCAACUUCACUUCAAGACCUCCCUAGCACUCCAAAGUGAAUUUUCAUUCCCAAUUCCCAUCGGUCAUGACUCUUUAUCUCAUAUAAUCAGAUACCAAAGGUAAAAAAGAUCAAAGUCAUGGUUUCUCUGACUAUGGAGGACUAUAAUCAAAUGAAUGAGAACACAACUCCAAGGGGGAAUUUCUUGUAUGCUUCACCAGUUCUUGCACCCAAUUCUUCUCCCUAUGCGAGAACAAGUAGUGGCUCUAACGUGAGCAAUCAGCAGACCCAGACGCCUUUAAGUCCUUUCCAUCUUCAAUCAAGUGAAUGUUUCCAAUCUGAAGGACAUCCUAUAGUGAAGACAGAAGCCAGCACUUCCCAGCAUGCUCCAAAAUUUCACUAUCCUUUGUUGAGAGGCCAUCAAACACUUAAUCAACAUCAAGGGAAUGAAAGCUCCGGUGAAGUGGAAGCUAUCAAAGCCAAGAUCAUAGCCCACCCUCAGUACUCUAACCUUUUGGAAGCCUACAUGGAUUGCCAAAAGGUGGGAGCUCCACCUGAAGUAGCAGCUCGGCUUGCAGCUGCUCGCCAGGAGUUCCAAUCAAAGCAACGAUCUUCGGUCACUUCUAGGGACACCUUGAAGGACCCAGAACUAGAUCAGUUUAUGGAGGCGUAUUGCGACAUGCUGGUGAAGUACCGGGAAGAGCUCACAAGACCCAUUCAAGAAGCCAUGGAUUUCAUGCGAAGAAUCGAGACUCAACUAAAUAUGAUCUGCAAUGGCCCCUUGCGAAUCUUCAACUCUGAUGAGAAGUCUGAGGGUGUUGGGUCGUCUGAGGAAGAUCAGGAAAACAGUGGUGGAGAAACAGAACUACCAGAGAUUGAUCCCAGGGCUGAGGACCGAGAACUAAAGAACCACUUAUUGAGGAAAUAUAGUGGUUAUUUAAGCAGUCUUAAGCAGGAACUUUCUAAGAAGAAGAAGAAAGGAAAACUACCCAAAGAAGCCAGGCAGAAGCUACUUAGCUGGUGGGAGUUACACUACAAAUGGCCAUAUCCUUCAGAGACAGAGAAGGUGGCCUUAGCUGAAUCAACGGGUUUGGACCAGAAGCAAAUAAAUAAUUGGUUCAUAAAUCAAAGGAAACGUCAUUGGAAGCCAUCCGAAGAUAUGCAAUUCAUGGUGAUGGAUGGCUUACAUCCACAGAAUGCAGCUCUCUAUAUGGAGGGUCACUACAUUGGUGAUGGUCCUUAUCGUCUAGGGCCAUGAGCAUGCUAGAGUGUAGUGUUAGUUUUCAUUCUCAAGCCUAGCAUGAAAACUAUUAUUCAUGCCAAUGUUAUAUUUUCAUUGAGUAGCUUAGGUAAUGCUCUAUAACAUAAAACGACAGUUCUUUUCUUUUUUCUUUACAAGAAAUGUCAUCACUAUAAUCUUGUGCGUCAUUGCCUUUAUGUGAUUUUAUCGUGAUUAUUGAAGAUGGAAUGGUGGUCGUCGUCACUGCGACCUUUGCGUUGGUUUGGGACAUCUACCCCGUUACAUAUCGUGGGAGACAUCGAUCGAAGUUCUUGUAUAUGCAGCCUUGUCUUGUGUAGAAGUGUGUGUAAAGAGGAUGCAAUUAGGGCAUGAGGUUUGUAAUUUUUUUUGAGAAUGUGGACUGUGUUUGGGUUUAUGUAACGACUAUUACGUGCUCCUAAGUGUAUAUAACGUGAGAAGAAGUUAAAUAUAA